AUGCUCGAGGAUCUACUGAGGGACGUUCAUGGUGUGACCCCAGUUCAGGAGUUCGUUGAUUACGAAGUACACAGUGAGCACGCCACAGAUCACGACCACUACAGCAAGUAUGCCGGUCCUCCCACGGACGAACAAGACGACGCAUGGGACGAUUUGAUAAGACCUGUCUACUUCAACAUCAGCCGCGAGGAACUGGAGGCAGCAGGGGAGUCGUUGGACAAUAUCGUUGAGCUGGUCGACGGAGGAUAUCCCGCUUCCAUCAGUGUGUAUCACGAGCUCCACUGUCUGCGGAACCUGCGGCUCUACCUCUACCAGGAACGGUACUACCCAAACCACACAGAGGCACAAGACCGUUAUCUUCACGGGCAUCUAGGUCAACCAUUGCCUCGAGGUCCUGCGAUUGAGUGUCAUGUGUCACGGCAAUACUGCACUGAACUCAUACGGAUGGAUGACAAGGAGGCCGAUAAGCCGGCUACGAAGUCCAACUCCAGAUUACUCUGCGUGAACUGGAGUGCCGUCGAGGAAUGGAGUUACUCUCGGAUGAUCUCGACCGUUCCUCCUAUCCGAUGGCAGACGGACAGAUAG